AUGGCGCGGCCGGGUCCGGGAGUGCUCGGGGCCCCGCGCCUCGCGCCUCGCCUUCUGCUCUGGCUGCUGCUGCUGCUACUGCAAAGGCCGGAGUCGGCGGGCGCCCAGGCCGGCUCGCGGGAGCCCUGCGCGGCCGCCUGCACUUGCGCCGGGGACUCGCUGGACUGCAGUGGGCGCGGGUUGGCGACGCUGCCCCGGGACUUGCCCUCCUGGACGCGGAGCCUAAACCUGAGUUAUAACAGACUCUCCGAGAUUGACUCUGACGGUUUUAAGGACUUGACGAAUCUGCAGGAAGUGUACCUCAAUAACAAUGAGCUGACGGCCAUACCAUCCUUGGGCACUGCCUCCACGAGUGUUGUCUCUCUCUUUCUGCAGCACAACAAGAUCCUCAGUGUGGAUGGAAGCCAGCUGAAGUCGUACCUGUCCUUGGAAGUUCUGGAUCUGAGCUUGAACAACAUCACAGAAGUCCGGAGCUCUUGUUUCCCGAAUGGCCUGCGUGUAAGGGAGCUCAACUUGGCAAGCAAUCGCAUCAGCAGCCUGGAGUCUGGAGCAUUUGAUGGUCUGUCACGGUCGCUGCUGACUCUUCGUCUGAGCAAAAACAGGAUCACCCAGCUUCCUGUGAAAGCAUUCAAGCUACCCAGGCUGAUACAACUGGACCUGAAUCGGAAUCGGAUUCGGCUGAUUGAGGGUCUCACGUUCCAGGGGCUCGAUAGCUUGGAGGUGCUGAAGCUUCAACGGAAUAACAUCAGCAAGCUGACAGAUGGUGCCUUCUGGGGGCUGUCUAAGAUGCAUGUGCUGCACUUGGAGUACAACAGCCUGGUGGAAGUGAACAGCGGCUCCCUCUACGGCCUCACGGCCCUUCAUCAGCUGCACCUCAGCAACAACUCCAUCUCUCGAAUUCAGCGUGACGGUUGGAGCUUCUGUCAGAAGCUGCAUGAGCUGAUUCUGUCCUUCAACAACCUCACUAGGCUGGAUGAGGAGAGCCUGGCCGAGUUGAGCAGCCUCAGUAUCCUGCGCCUCAGCCACAACGCCAUCAGCCACAUCGCUGAAGGCGCCUUCAAGGGACUGAAGAGUCUGCGGGUCUUGGACCUGGACCAUAAUGAGAUCUCAGGUACAAUCGAAGAUACCAGCGGUGCUUUCAUGGGGCUUGACAACCUCAGCAAACUAACUCUGUUUGGAAACAAGAUCACAUCUGUGGCUAAGAGAGCAUUCUCAGGGCUGGAAGGCCUGGAACACCUGAACCUUGGAGAGAAUGCAAUCAGGUCUGUCCAGUUUGAUGCCUUUGCAAAGAUGAAGAAUCUUAAAGAGCUCCACAUCAGCAGUGAGAGCUUCCUGUGUGACUGCCAGCUUAAAUGGCUACCCCCAUGGCUCGUAGGCAGGAUGCUACAGGCCUUUGUGACAGCCACCUGUGCCCAUCCAGAGUCUCUGAAGGGCCAGAGCAUUUUCUCAGUGCUGCCUGACAGUUUUGUGUGUGAUGACUUUCCAAAGCCACAGAUCAUCACCCAGCCUGAGACGACCAUGGCUGUGGUGGGCAAGGACAUCCGUUUCACGUGCUCAGCAGCCAGCAGCAGCAGCUCCCCAAUGACCUUCGCCUGGAAGAAGGACAACGAGGUCCUGGCCAACGCAGACAUGGAGAACUUUGCACAUGUCCGCGCACAGGAUGGCGAAGUGAUGGAGUAUACCACUAUCCUGCACCUCCGUCACGUCACAUUCGGACACGAGGGCCGCUACCAGUGUGUCAUCACCAACCACUUCGGCUCCACGUACUCACACAAGGCCAGGCUCACCGUGAACGUGUUGCCGUCAUUCACCAAAAUUCCCUAUGACAUUGCCAUCCGGACUGGCACCACAGCCCGCCUCGAGUGUGCUGCCACGGGCCACCCUAACCCCCAGAUUGCGUGGCAAAAGGAUGGAGGCACUGAUUUCCCUGCAGCUCGUGAGCGACGCAUGCAUGUCAUGCCAGAUGAUGAUGUGUUCUUCAUCACGGAUGUGAAAAUCGACGACAUGGGGGUGUAUAGCUGUACUGCCCAGAACUCGGCUGGCUCUGUUUCAGCAAACGCUACCCUGACUGUCCUAGAAACUCCGUCCUUGGCAGUGCCUUUGGAAGACCGUGUGGUAACCGUGGGAGAAACGGUGGCCCUCCAGUGCAAAGCAACUGGGAGUCCCACACCGCGCAUCACCUGGCUGAAGGGAGGUCGCCCACUGAGCCUCACCGAGCGGCAUCAUUUCACUCCAGGCAACCAGCUGCUGGUUGUUCAGAAUGUGGUAGUGGAGGAUGCAGGCCGGUAUACCUGUGAGAUGUCUAAUCCCCUGGGCACCGAGCGAGCACAUAGCCAGCUGAGCAUUUUGCCUACCCCUGGCUGCCGGAAGGAUGGGACCACCAUAGGCAUCUUCACCAUUGCUGUGGUCUGCAGCAUCGUCCUUACCUCGCUGGUGUGGGUGUGCAUCAUCUACCAGACCAGGAAGAAGAGCGAGGAGUACAGCGUCACUAACACAGAUGAAACCAUUGUGCCUCCAGAUGUUCCAAGCUACCUCUCCUCUCAGGGAACCCUUUCUGACAGACAGGAAACUGUGGUCAGGGCUGAGGGUGGUCAUCAGGCCAGUGGGCACAUGGAAAGCAAUGGUGUGUGUCUGAGAGACUCAAGCCUCUUCCCAGAGGUCGACGUGCACAGCAUUACAUGCCGGCAGCCCAAGCUGUGUGUUGGAUACACUAGAGAGCCGUGGAAAGUGACAGAGAAAGCCGACAGGACAGCUGCUCUGUAUACGACAGCACACAGUGGCUCCGCUGUAUGCAGUGACUGUAACACUGACACGGACAGUCAGCCCAAGGAACAAGCCUUCCAUCCCCAGCCUGUGUCCAGAGAGAGUGGACAGCCAGGAACACCAAGCAGCCAAGAGCUCAGGCAGCAUGAUCGAGACUGUUCUCCACACCAUCCUUAUACUGGGACUGCUGAUGGGCCUCCCACCCACUCUGGGGGAACACUCUAUCCGAGUAACCAUGACAGAAUAGUGCUGUCUUUGAAGAAGAGGGCGGCAUCCCCAGAUGGGAAAGGAGGUUCCCCUUGGACUUUAGCAAAGUUACAUGAACCAGACUCCAUAGACCUAAAGCCUUCUCCUACGCUAACGUCAGGCAGCCCAGAGCUCACAGAAGAUGCCGUAUCUACUGAAGCCCAGCACUUGCUUGUUUCCAAUGGCCACCUUCCCCAGGCCUGUGACUCUAGUCCUGAGUCUGUGCCACUGACGGGACAGCUCACUGGGAAACGGAGAGGACCACUGCUCUUGGCCCCGAAAAGCUAGGCUUCAUCUACCUCAGCUCUGUUAAAGCAAUCGCUGCAGGAAAGAGGUAGGAGAGGCUGUGGGAAGUUGGUGUCCAAACGUCACUCUGGACACAGUUUUAACUUCUGUGUGGAGUAUCACUUGACUAAAGGACUUGGCAUCUGGAGCACAGAAAUGCAAGAGACUAUUUGUGUACAAAAGGCAGGAAGAGUAUUUGAUACCACUGUACAUAAGAGUUUUCAGAGAUUUCAUAUAUAUUCUAUAUCUUUUACAGAGACUAUUUUAAUCCUUAGCGCAUGGGCCCCGCUUUCAGUGAUAUUUUCACAUUAGGUUGCUAUCUAAUUUUGGAGAGGGUCAGGAAUAGUUUUGGUGCCUUAACGCACAGCUGAAAUUCAGGUAAAACCACAUUAGCUGUUGCUAGUGGUUGGAAAGGAGGGCAUCUUGGCUGUGCUCACUUAGUCAGGUUCAGGUGCAUUGUUCUGGCGGCCUCACUGUAGAGCUGGGGUGCACGCGUCACUUGCCUUUCUUCUGGGUUCAGGGUCUGUUUCUGAAGAAGAGGUUGAGGGUUGUUAACCCACCAAAAGCAAUGGUUCAGAACAAUCGAGCAUGGCA